UCUUCACUGUGAAAAUGCAGAGGCACUUGCUUGUUGCUGCUGUAUUAGCCACAUUUAGCUUGCUAGUUUCAGGUCAGAAUAACUAUCCUGACUUCUUCUACAAACUCAGUCUACAAUGGCCACCUGCGGUUUGUGCCACUUCCCAGUACCGGACACCCAUCCCCGGAACUUUUACAAUCCAUGGUUUAUGGCCACAAUUUGUUAAAGAUGAUAGGCCGGUUCCUCCCUAUAAUCCAACAACUAAUAAAUGCACCGAUGUCAAACCUACGGCUCCAGAUCAAAUUUUGGUUUCAUUGCAACCCAUCCGAGACAAACUAAAUAAACUUUGGCCAAGCCUUCUGAUGAAGAAUACGAAUGAGGACUUUUGGCGACUUGAAUGGGAAAGACAUGGAAUGUGUUCUGAUUAUCUUGAUGACCCUAGCAGUUAUUUUACCUCAGCUUUAAAUCUUGCUACUACAAACAAUCCACUCAAAGGACUUGUGCCCCGACAAGAUCUUUAUAAAGCACGCGAGAUAAGCGAGGCUAUCAACACAAAACUGGGAAAAUAUCCUGAAAUCUCAUGUGGCAAAGUUAGUAACACACUACAAUUGAAUGAGAUCCGCUUAUGCUUUGAAAGGGCAAAGCCGCCUUCCGUCCUUCGAGACUGUCCCAAGAGAUAUUCGAAUGGUUGUUCGAAUGGCAAUGACCAAGUAAAAUUUCCUCCACUUACUAGUAGAGUGUGAGAAUUAUAAAAUAUGUAGCUUAUGGCAGGGUGGAAUUAGUGAAGAAUAAACGUGGCAAGCUAUAUAUGUACUUGCUUUAUUAAAUAAUAGUGUAAUGAAUAAAUGCUCUUCUUAUCUAGAAGAGAGUUACCUUUUCUUGUAUCAUUUGCUAAUAUCAGUUA